CUCUACACCCAACAUGGGGCUCGAACUCACGACCCCAAGAUCUGGAGCUGCAUGCUCCACUGACCGAGCCAGCCGCAUGCCCCUGAUUAAGCUUGUGUCGAUACUUUUCAGUGACGUCUGUCAUCCUAAUCCUGGAGGGCUGGUCAUUGCCCCGCAGAAACUCCCAUGUUCUUUUCUCGGACAUCAUGGAGUUCAAGGGCACAUGAAAGACCAUGUCGGUCUAGAAAGAACCAGCCAGGUGUUCACUUAACAUCACUCAGGACACGUCCAAAACUGCCUUUGGAACCAGAUGAAUGCCUCCUGUCCAAGAAGAUCAAAAAGACCGGAAAGAUAAAAAAAAAAAAAGAAACCAAGGCUUCUGAUAUGUCCCAAGGAAGGGGGAAAACCCAGUAUGUGAGCGAUCUUGGAUGUCUUCAAAGCGUUGGAAAAAGGUGUGCGGCUGACUGAAUUGCCAGAAGAACGUUCACGAGUGUGGGAAGAAAGGACUUGCCACCAGCUUUGACUUCUAGAGACUUUUCUCUGGGCCGGGACGGAUUUUAUGUUAAUCAGAAAUACCUCCGGAAGAUUCAAGAAGCUGUAGGGGUGACGCAAAUCUGUGGAGGGCCAGCAUGGGAAUCCUAUACUCUGAGCCCAUCUGCCAGGCGGCCUAUCAGAACGACUUUGGUCAAGUGUGGCGCUGGGUGAGAGAGGACCGCAACUGUAUCAAUGUGCAAGAUGGCUUUAAUGGAGACACCCCCCUGAUCUGUGCUUGCCGCCGGGGGCACCUGAGAAUCGUUUCCUUCCUCUUGAAAAGAAAUGCUGAUGUGAACCUCAAAAACCAGAAACAGAGAAACUGCUUGCAUUAUGCUGUGAAGAAAAAAUUCACCUUCUUUGAUUACCUACUCAUUAUCCUCUUAAUGCCUGUUAUGCUUAUUGGGUAUUUCCUCAUGGUGUCAAAGACCAAGCAGAACGAGGCUCUCGUUCGAAUGCUGCUCGACGCUGGCAUCGACGUGAACGCCACGGACUGCUACGGCUGCACCGCGUUACAUUACGCCUGCGAAAUGAAAAACCAGAAUCUCAUCCCUCUGCUCCUUGAAGCUCAUGCAGACCCCAUGAUCAAGAAUCGGCGUGGUGAGACUUCGCUGGACAUUGCACGGAGACUGAAGUUUUCCCAGAUUGAGUCAACGCUAAGGAAAGCAUCGUAAUCCUAGUGGCCUCACGUGGAGAAGUAGAAAGAAACUAAAACGCCGUGUUCUCUCUCCAUUUUGGACAAUCGGUCUGUGGACCGCUCAACCUGGAUGCCGCAAUUUUAUGGUUACCAUGGGUGACCCUAAUGGUGGUUGCCAUGGGGACAUUUGCGGAAGAGCUUUGUACUGAUGAUUUUUUUUUUUCUCCCAGUGGAGUUCACCCUGGUCAUAAUCUUUCUAGGAGAAACACUGAAGUCGUGGGAGUUUCCACUUUGGUCAACACAAAGGUGACAUUUCCACCCCGGUUGGUCCUGAAGAAGAGAAUCGCAGUUGGCUGGCUCGGUCCCCUCUUCUCAGGUGUGCCACUGUGACCAAGAGGUGGUCCUGUCUAUAUCAUACCCAAAAAACGACUGUUUCUCUCCGUCCUUUUGAGUGGUAAGGGGAAGAUUCGAAGUAGAUGUAUUUGUAUAGAAUGAUGUGUUGGGGGGGGUGGGGGGAGGGCUUCAUACGUAAAUAUUCAUUUGGUGAAACAACUUCAAUAAAACCAUCUAUCAGUCGUCAGGGGUGGGGGCAUUUAGGCCACAGUCAUGUUGGGAAAUCCUUACAAGCCAGGGCUUUUUCUUUUUCUUUCCCGAGAGCCAAUUUAACUAGAAUACCUCUAGACAUUUUGCUGUCAGCUUAUAAGUGAAAUCCGUCUUAAUUAUGAACAAA